CUGAUAUGCACUGUUUUAAUCACGUGACACCUAGCUAUUCUGAGGUGGGGUCCAAACCUUUCUUUUCGUUUUUAGAAACAAAAAAAAAGAAAAAAAAAAGAAAAAGAGACGAAGAAGCUUCAUUGCGGUCCACACAAUUGCGAUUGACAAUCACCGGACAUUAACUAUCGGCAUCGCCCGUCUUUCAAGAUGUCGGCAUCACAGAAGCCAAUUCGCCUCCCUCCAUUGAAGACCCUGCGAGUGCGCAACCCGAAUGGUCAAAGGGAACGCCCAUGCGUGACGAUCAUGUCCUCUGUCCUAGCAUGCUGGGCCUCUGCUGGAUAUAGCACCGCGGGAUGUGCCCAAGUUGAACAGGCCCUGCGAGCUUGUAUGGACGGGCCACAACCUUCGAAGCCGAAAUCCAACGAGAUCAACUACCAUCUUGCGCGAUUCAAGACCAAGCUCACCUACUCGGAACGGAAGAAAAAGUGAUCACUCCAAAAGAAGAAGACUACUCUUCCAUGCUACAGGAUUGGGAAGAGAUUACAUAUGACAGGGAGCCAUGAUAUCUCACUACCAACAACACAUUAGUACAAACCUAAACGAGUAUGAGUUUGGAGGAGACAUCUACCUUCCUGUACGACACGAUUAUAUUAUACGAAAGAGAAGCAUACUUCACAUGACUGUUGAAGGCAUGGACGGCGUUCUAGGUUGACUUGCGGAAACCCCAAGCUGGAGUUGAAUAGGUAUCUGGCCGCACUAUUCAACUAUC